GUCUUCAGAGGAGCACAUCAGCCAUGUCUAUCACCUGCUGAUGACACGGCUCAAGGAGGAGCACGCCGAGAUGCGCUUCUCGGCUUUCCAGAUCGUGCAGGAGUUGUUCGCCCGAUCCCAUCAGUUCCGGACGCUAAUUAUUUCCGACUUCCAAGAGUUCUUGGAGCUGACGGUGGGGAUAGACCAUGAGCAGCCUCUUCCCCCACCCAAAGAGGUGGCACAGAAACUGAGGAAAGAAGCCAUUAAGUCAGUGCAAGACUGGCAUGAGAAAUACGGAGAGGCCUACAAGAAGCUUUCUCUGGGAUACCACUUCUUAAAGCAGAAUAAGAAGGUGGAUUUUCAAGAUGUGCAUGCCAGAACCGUGGCUGAAAGGAAGAGGGAAGAGGAGAAGCAAAAACGAUUGGAUAACAUUUACAAAGAAAAAGCCAAAAGAGCUGAAAAAGAAAUGGAAGAAAUGUCCCAAGAGGUUACUGACACGUUGACAGAGAUGGAAAACUGUUUCCAGCUCCUGAUGCCGGAUCCUUUCGACUUCACUGUGAAUGACACGGAACUGGAACCCAACAAACAAACGACUGCUAAUGAGUAUAGACCUGCACCCCCCUUGUCCUCCCAGGUGGAAGUUAACCAGGCCUGUGUUGGAUGCCCGGAUGAUGAACAGCCAUGCUGCAGCAAGGACGUUCUUUCAGUUUCUCAGUGUGUUAGAACUGAGGAAAACGAAGAGUUAGAUGAGCAAUGGGAGGAGCCUGAGGAGAAAGAAUUAGAUGGAGGAACAAGCUUGGAAGUUCAGUCUGGUGUCCCUGCUCUCAACGAUGAUGAUUACCAGACUUUUGUUAGGAACCAUGGGCUUAUUUCACAUAGGUAUACUCUAGACCUUGAAAUCUCCACAGAUAUAAAAGUGCAUGAGAAUGACGAUAAUACUGCCAUAAUAAACAGUGUCAUGGAUGCUCACAAACUCCUCAGAAAUAAGUUCUGGCCCUCUGUGCAGUCCUGGAUUCAGUUAUUUACCAGAGCAGGAAUAAAUGAUGAUCGGCUAAGAUGUGCCAUUGAUCUCAAGAAUAAAUUGGAGACUGCUAUGAAGAAAUACAAGGAAAUGAACAUUUCUUUUAAAGAGAGAGGACAAAUGAUGAAAGCCUCAGAUGACAGUGACGACGAGGACGAUGAAUUUGUGGAGGUCCCUGAGAAGGAAGGUUAUGAGCCCCACAUUCCAGACCACCUGCGUAAGGAAUAUG